AUGGAAGACCGAACACAAAGGCGAUGGUGGGAGUACGGGUGGACUGCACUGGGAUUCUACUUGCUGUUGUGUUUCGCGAGGCCGACUUCAGCACAGAUCCGAUAUUCCGUUGCAGAGGAGGUGAAAGAAGGAUUUGUUGUUGGAAACAUUGCUAAGGAUUUGGGUCUGGACCCCAGCACUUUGGUGGACAAAAGAUUGCGUAUUGUUUCUGGAUCGAAAGACACGCUGUUCGAGGUAAAUCAGAACAAUGGCGCUUUAUUAGUCAGUAGAAAACUGGACAGAGAGGAGCUAUGUGAUGGCAACGAAGCAUGUUUGAUCAACUUAAAAAUUGUUGUGGAAAACCCUCUUGAAAUUCAUUAUGUUGGUGUUGAAAUUACUGAUGUAAAUGACCACUCGCCGAGUUUCCCAGAGAGAGACUUGCAUUUAGAAAUAGCAGAGAAUACGCCAAAGGGUGCACGCUUCGAGCUACAGAGCGCUCGUGAUCCAGAUGUUGGUAUCAAUUCUAUACGCUCAUACAAAUUGCUUCCAAAUUUGUAUUUUGACUUGGAAUUGCAAGACAGUGGAUACGGAGAUAAAACCCCAUAUUUAGUCUUGCAAAAACCGCUAGACAGAGAAAAUAUCCAACAGCAUAUAUUUCAAUUGACAGCGACAGAUGGUGGCAUUCCCCCAAGAUCGGGUAGUCUUAACAUUACUGUUAAGGUGCUUGACACAAAUGACAACCGACCUGCAUGCAGUCAAAGCGUGUAUACAGUAUAUUUACCGGAGAAUGCUCCUGUUGGUACCACUCUUAUGACCAUAAAUGCUACAGAUGUUGACGAGGGUAUUAAUGGUGAAAUUGAAUAUUCUUUUAGUAGAAACAUAAAACGUAGGGUGCAUGACAUUUUCACAUUAGAUAGUGUUACGGGUGAGAUUAAAGUUAAAGGUGAAAUUGACUUUGAGGAACAUGAACUUCACAACUUAAUCAUACAAGCCACUGAUAAGGGCCAACCCCCUAUGACUGCUGACUGUCGAGUAAUGGUAAAGAUACAAGACGUAAAUGACAAUAAACCAGAAAUAGAUGUAACUUCACUUUCUAAUGUGAUAUCUGAAGAUUCUAAGCCUGGAACGGUGAUAUCCCUAAUUAGUGUUCGAGAUAUUGACUCUGGUGUAAACGGUAAAGUUCUGUGUAGCAUCUCAAACACUUUACCAUUCGAGUUAAAGCCAUCAAUACAAGAAAAUAUGUACUCCUUAGUAACUAAAACAAGUUUAGACAGGGAGAAGGUGUCACAGUAUGACAUUAUUAUACAAGCAACAGACCUUGGAGUGCCCCCAAUGACUACAUUCAAAAGUCUGGUUGUGGACGUAUCUGAUGUAAAUGACAACAGACCACAAUUUCCUCAAAAUCCUCUUGAGCUGUAUUUACCAGAAAAUAACGUUCCCGGUGCGCCUAUAUUCUCUGUAACUGCUUCAGACAAGGAUUUGGAUAAAAAUGCUGCCAUCACAUAUCACAUUCUUAGAGGUGAGGGGAAUGACAUGGCGUCUUUCUUGAACGUUAAUUCGGACACAGGAGUAAUCCAUGCGCUAAAAAGUUUUGACUUUGAAACUACAAAGUCGUUUAAGUUUCAAGUGGUGGCAAAUGACUCUGGAAGCCCCUCGUUGAGCAGCAAUGUGACGGUGAAUGUAUACAUCUUAGAUCAAAACGACAAUGUUCCAGUCAUUUUGUCUCCUGUCAGUGCAAACGGCUCGGCUGAAGGCGUGGAAGAAAUUGCUCGAAAUGUGAACGCAGGCCACUUGGUCACCAAAGUGAGAGCUUUUGAUGGAGAUGUUGGAUACAAUGGAUGGCUACUAUUUUCUCUUCAGGAAGUUACUGACCACACUCUCUUUGGUUUAGACCGUUAUACAGGACAGAUAAGGACGCUUCGUCCUUUCACAGAAACAGACGAAGCUGAGCAUAAGCUAGUCAUAUUAGUAAAGGACAAUGGGAAUAUUUCGCAGUCUGCAACAGCGACUGUUAUCAUGAAAUUAGUGGAGCCCAAAGAAGCGUUUUCCUCGUCUGAUGUAAAAACAACAGGGGACACAGAGGACAAUGACAUCACUUUUUACCUUAUCAUAACUCUGGGAUCCGUUUCCGUGCUUUUUCUCGUCAGCAUCGUUGUUUUGAUUGCGAUGCAAUGCUCUAAACGCACAGACUAUUCAUCCAAAUAUCUACAAGAGACUAACUACGACGGUACAUUGUGCCACAGCAUUCAGUACAGAUCGGGAGAUAAACGGUACAUGCUAGUUGGACCAAGAAUGAGCAUUGGUUCAACCAUAGUACCGGGGAGUAACGGAAAUACUCUGGUUGUUCCCGAUCGCAGGAGAACGCUUUCCGAAGAGGUAAGAUUUAUUAACAUGUCAUGA